AUGCCUAAAGACACAUCAAUAAAAUCAGUUUUAAUAAUAGGGUCAGGACCUAUUGUUAUUGGUCAAGCUUGCGAAUUUGACUAUGCAGGAUCUCAAUCUGCUCGUUCUAUUCGUGAAGAAGGGAUUGAAGUUAUCUUGAUAAACUCAAAUCCAGCGACUAUUAUGACCGACCCAACAAUGGCCGAUCAUGUAUAUUUGAAACCUUUAACUACAAAAUCGAUUAUUGAGAUUCUGAAAGAACAUCCACAAAUUGAUGCUGUUUUGCCAACAAUGGGCGGACAAACGGCUUUGAAUUUAUGUUUGGAAGCUGAAGAAAAAGGAAUCUGGCAGGAUUUUGGAGUAAAAUUAAUUGGAGUUGACGUAAACGCUAUUAAUAUUACCGAGGACAGAGAGCAGUUUAAACAGCUUUUAGAAAAAAUUAAUGUACCAACUGCGCCCGCAAAAACAGCUACUUCGUACUUAGAAGGAAAAGAAAUUGCACAGGAAUUUGGUUUUCCGCUUGUAAUUCGUCCUUCGUUUACACUUGGAGGAACUGGAGCAGCAAUUGUUUACAAAAAAGAAGAUUUUGAUGAGCUUUUAACUCGCGGACUUGAAGCAUCGCCAAUUCACGAAGUUUUGAUUGACAAAGCUUUGAUGGGAUGGAAAGAAUAUGAGUUAGAACUUUUAAGAGAUAAAAAUGAUAAUGUUGUCAUCAUCUGUUCGAUCGAAAAUAUGGAUCCAAUGGGAAUUCAUACUGGAGAUUCGAUUACGGUGGCACCAGCAAUGACAUUAUCAGACACAACAUUCCAGAAAUUACGUGACUAUGCCAUCCUGAUGAUGCGUAGUAUCGGGAAUUUUGCUGGAGGUUGUAACGUACAAUUUGCAGUUUCGCCAGAUGAAAAAGAAGAUAUUGUAGCGAUCGAGAUUAACCCUCGUGUUUCUCGUUCAUCUGCUUUAGCCUCUAAAGCAACUGGAUAUCCAAUUGCUAAAAUAGCUUCUAAACUGGCUUUAGGAUACAACUUAGAUGAAUUGCAAAACCAGAUUACAAAAUCGACUUCGGCUCUUUUUGAACCAACUUUGGAUUAUGUAAUCGUAAAAAUACCUCGUUGGAACUUUGAUAAAUUCGAAGGUGCCGACAGAACUUUAGGUCUUCAGAUGAAAUCUGUAGGUGAGGUAAUGGGAAUUGGACGUUCGUUUCAGGAAGCAUUACAUAAAGCAACUCAAUCUCUUGAAAUUAAGAGAAAUGGUUUAGGUGCUGACGGAAAAGGAUAUAAAAACUACGAAGAGAUUAUAGAGAAACUAACUUUUGCAAGUUGGGAUCGUGUUUUUGUAAUUUAUGAUGCUAUCGCAAUGGGAAUUCCGUUGAGCCGUAUUCAUGAAAUUACUAAAAUCGAUAUGUGGUUCCUGAAACAAUACGAGGAACUUUAUACUUUAGAGAAAGAAAUUUCGAACUAUAAGAUAUCUAAUCUUCCAAAAGAACUUUUGCUUGAAGCGAAACAAAAAGGUUUUGCCGACAGACAAAUUGCUCACAUGGUAAAUUGUUUAGAAAGUGAAGUGCAUACUUUACGUAUGGAUCAAAACAUCAACCGUGUGUUUAAAUUGGUUGAUACUUGUGCGGCUGAGUUUAAGGCAAAAACACCUUACUAUUACUCUACUUUUGAGGCUGAAAUCGAAAAAGCAAAUGGUGAGCGUUAUGUAGAUAACGAAAGUAUUGUAACCGAUAAAAAGAAAAUUAUAGUUCUGGGUUCAGGACCAAACAGAAUUGGACAAGGAAUUGAGUUUGAUUAUUCUUGUGUACACGGAGUUUUGGCUGCUAAAGAAUGUGGUUACGAAACAAUCAUGAUCAACUGUAAUCCUGAAACGGUUUCAACUGACUUUGAUACGGCUGAUAAAUUAUACUUUGAACCAGUUUUCUGGGAACAUAUUUACGAUAUCAUUCAGCAUGAAAAACCAGAAGGUGUUAUUGUACAGUUAGGUGGACAAACAGCUUUGAAACUGGCUGAAAAAUUAUCUAAAUACGGAGUAAAAAUUAUCGGAACUAGUUUUGAUGCACUUGAUUUAGCAGAAGACAGAGGACGUUUCUCAGAUUUAUUGAGAGAACUACAUAUUCCUUUCCCACAAUUUGGAAUUGCAGAAACGGCUGACGAAGCUUCUGCACUUGCUGAUACUUUAGAUUUCCCAUUAUUGAUUCGUCCUUCUUAUGUAUUAGGAGGUCAGGGAAUGAAAAUCGUAAUCAACAAAAAAGAAUUAGAAGAACACGUUAUCAACUUAUUGAAAACGAUUCCAGGAAAUAAAUUAUUGCUGGAUCACUAUUUAGCCGGAGCAAUCGAAGCUGAGGCUGAUGCAAUUUGUGAUGCUGAUGGUAAUGUGUAUAUCAUAGGAAUUAUGGAGCACAUCGAACCUUGCGGAGUUCACUCUGGAGAUAGUAAUGCUACAUUGCCUCCUUUUAACUUAGGAGAAUUCGUAAUGCAACAAAUUAAAGAUCAUACUAAAAAGAUUGCAAGAGCGCUGAAAACAGUUGGUCUAAUCAAUAUUCAGUUUGCGAUAAAAGACGAUACAGUUUAUAUUAUCGAGGCAAACCCUAGAGCGUCAAGAACGGUACCAUUUAUUGCAAAAGCUUACGGAGAGCCUUAUGUAAACUAUGCUACGAAAGUAAUGUUAGGUCAUAAUAAAGUAACUGACUUUGAUUUUAACCCACAAUUAAAAGGUUAUGCGAUCAAACAACCGGUUUUCUCUUUCAGUAAAUUCCAUAAUGUAAACAAAGCAUUAGGACCAGAGAUGAAAUCGACAGGAGAAAGUAUCUUGUUUAUUGAUGACUUAAAAGACGAUCAAUUCUACGAAUUGUACUCUAGAAGAAAAAUGUAUUUGAGUAAAUAA